CAAAUUUUCAGUGGAAAACACUUCAAUACUCAGCAGACGAACAUUUCUUUCUCAACAAGCAAUGGAAGAAAAGAAAGUCAUCAAUUUUUCACCAGGACCAGCUAAGUUGCCUGAAGAUGUUCUGGCCAGAGCUCAGAAAGAGUUUUUAAAUUUUAAUAAUACAGGUGUCAGUGUCAUGGAAUUAAGCCACAGAUCAGCAGAUUUCAGUCAAAUUAUUGGUCAUGCUGAAAGAGAUUUGCGAGAUUUAUUAGAAAUACCAGAUAAUUAUAAAGUGAUAUUUGUACAAGGUGGUGGAACCGGUCAAUUCUCAGCUGUGCCAUUAAAUUUAAUAGACUUAAAACCAGGUGCUAGUGCUGAUUAUAUUGUUACUGGAAGUUGGUCAGCCAAAUCUGCCAAAGAAGCUGAAAAAUAUGGCAAAAUUAACAGAGUUCUUCCUAAAACAGAAAAAUAUUCAGUAAUUCCGGACCAAAGUACUUGGAAUUUAAGUCCAGAAGCCUCUUAUGUUUAUUACUGUGCUAAUGAGACCAUUCAUGGAGUUGAAUUUCAAUUUAUACCUGAAACCAAUGGUGUACCUCUAGUCUGUGAUAUGUCUUCUAAUAUACUCUCAAAACGGGUUGAUGUUUCUAAGUUUGGUGUGAUAUUUGCUGGAGCCCAGAAGAAUAUAGGAUGUGCUGGAGCUACAUUAGUUAUUAUUAGAGAAGAUUUAAUUGGUUUUUCUGAUCCUAUCUGUCCUAUUUUAAUGGACUAUAAAACACAAGUUGGAAAUAACUCAUUAUAUAACACACCUCCAACAUAUAGUAUCUACAUCAUGGGCUUAGUAUUUCAAUGGAUAAAAGAACAUGGUGGAGUUGCUCAAAUGGAGAAGAAUUCAAGACAAAAGUCAACAAUAUUAUACGAUAUUAUUGAUAAUUCGAAUGGAUUUUAUCAGUGUCCUAUAGAGCGUGAUAGUAGAAGUAGAAUGAAUAUCACAUUUAGAAUCGGUGUAAAUUUUGAAGAUGAAGCAUUAGAAAAGAAAUUUAUAGAUGAAGCCCAUCAGAAUGGGUUAAUAUCAUUAAAAGGACAUAGAUCGGUUGGAGGUAUAAGAGUAUCAAUUUACAAUGCUGUUCAUGUUCACGAAGCUGAGAAACUUGGAGAAUUUAUGAAAAAUUUCCAAAGAUUAAAUAUUUAGUGGUAGUGCUAUAAAAUAUAAUUUAUAGACUGUAUAACUCUUUAUAGUUGUCUAAAUGAAAUUUAGAACAAACUUUGUAAAUAUUUCAUUUUUUUAUUAUUAGGCUUCAAAAGCCUUUUGAAUUGUAAAAAUUUAACUAGUUAUAUAUUUCAGCCAUUAAAAAAACUCAAAUCAUAAA